GUUUAUACAACACGUGCAGACGCUUUAGUUGCUUCUGGAGUUCUGGCAGAAGGUGCAGCGACCUGACAUUCAAUUCCAUGGAAGGAUGAGUUGGCGGAUUAGGUAAGCCCAGCCAGGCCCCAGUCAGGUACCUCUCGUCACCACAAAGAAACCUGGGGGACAUUACUACGGUUGCGGCCACAGUGCAGCCAACAGUUUAGCGGGAGACCCUCGCCACCCGCAACGACUUUCCGGCCGCCGCUACGACGUAUGAGUUUCAACAAACACCAGCCGUCACCUAACGCCGACCACAUCACAGCGCAAUUCGUUCGAGCACUUCCACAUCACAGCUAGGGGUUGGGAACCCUCAAAGCGCUGCCGCGCGUGUCGCCAAAAGCCGCGUCGCCGCCGCUACUACACGACUUGCGCCGCACCGCCUACGAACACGACCCACUCUGGCCAAAGGGACAAGGCAGAAAGUUGCUGUCGGCGCCGUGACCUGGAAGAACAUUGGCAACGGACGGGGAGGCUAUUAUCAGUGCCAACGCGGUCGGAAUGAAUAUCCUCGAAUGGGCUUUUGGAAAGCGCAUGACGCCCGCGGAGCGUCUGCGCAAGAACCAGCGCCUCCUCGAUAAGGCAAUCCGUGAGCUCGACCAGCAGCGGGUCAAGCUCGAGAGGCAGGAGAAGACGCUAGUGGGUCAGAUCAAGCAAUCUGCUCAAAAGGGCCAGAUGGGUGCCUGCAAAAUCCAGGCCAAGGACCUUGUGAGGACCAGGAGAUACAUCGAGAAGUUCUACGGCAUGCGGAGCCAGCUCCAGAAGAUCUCGCUCCGACUCCAAACCUAUCGCACGAACGAGCAAAUGAUGCAGGCCAUGAAAGGCGCCACGGUGGCCCUAGGCAGUAUGAACCGCACCAUGAACCUGCCGUCCCUCCAGCGCAUCGCAACCGAGUUUGAGAGGGAGAACGACAUUAUGGAGCAGAGGCAAGAGAUGAUGGACGACGCCAUCGACGACGCCAUGGAUGUCGGCGUGGAGGAGGAGGGAGACGAGGUGGUGGAGCAGGUGCUGGAGGAAAUCGGUGUUGACCUCAGCCAAGCACUUGGUUCUACGCCCCAGGGACUUCAGACGAACGUCGUCGCCGAGACCAAGCUCGCGCAGGCUGUCGGCAGCGGCGGAGGGGGAGGGGACGACGACCUACAGGCACGACUGGAUAGCCUACGGAGGUGAGGCGUAUUAUGACACUGAUGAGCAAGGAUGGCGACGCUGGGAUGUUAGUGUCGUUGUACCCAUUUCCUCGCGCUGCAUCUUCUUAGGUCGAGAUUCUCGAACUGCACCGGCUACAGUGUUACCAAGCGAUGGGUGGCUAAAUAUCUGCAUAAUUGGGCAUGCAGAGAAGCCGGUGGACGCUUCAAGUUGGGAGUUAAUGAUUUUAUCGCUUCGUAGUUUUUCAGAUGGUAAUCCACGACGCGUACGGUUUCUCUCUAUUGCUAUUGCGCUUCAUUUUCCCCUGCCCGUCUCUCUUCAUUGUGGAAACACUUGUAUCUAUAUCCCAGUGUAACCACUGCCUAGACCCGGCUGAUGCACCGACUCGUCAAUCCCAUACCCGAAAUUCCGAUGUUCACACUAUCGCUACUGUGCCUCGGUGACUGUCUAGGUAGGUACCAGGUGCAUGAGAACCACAUGCAUAUUGCAGGACGGCGCGGGUAGC